AUGCAGCAACCGAGCGCCGUCUGCCCGGGCCGGUGUUCGAUUUUCACUUGGAGCAUUGGCGCCCCUCUUGCCCGGGUGGGCGUGGUCUUCUGGCCGGUCAAUAGCACGAUACCGCGCAUCUCUCUCCAACCUCCGGAGACGUUCCAGGGAUCAUCACGUUUUUUCCGUCCUCACACUCUUGCCUUACUAUUGCUAUACUAUUCAUCAGGUCGCCACCUGCAGCAUAAUAGGGAGCCAUACGCCGCGGCGGAAAGACGGGUGCGACACGCACUCGUGGUGAGUACAAGAUAUCAUACUUUUUGUAUACCACGGCACUGGCACUUGGUAUUUGUGCCGCAUAAUACCGAUUCAUAG